AUGGAUGACACAACAAUCGUUGGCAGUUCGCCUCCCAGGCCCUUCAAAAUAGAUCAAAAUAAGAUCAAAAUCUUUCUAAAAUCACCAUUAAGCUCAGAGAGAACUCCCCAAGUACAAGUUCGAAAAUCUGUCUUUAAAAAGUCCACAGUUUCCAAUGAAGAUCGAAAACUAGUGGCGGAAAACAGAUUACUUUGUGAGGAAUUAAACAAGCAGAUAGGAUUCUAUAAGAAAGAUAAUUAUCAGUUGAAGCAGGCAAUAAAGAUCCUAAAAUAUUACGAUGAAGAGGAAAAGGUGCUGCUUCUGAUCGAAAAAUGGAGAACCAUAUGUCAAGCGGGAAUGUCAUUCAUUAUGAAUUCAACCUUGAUUAAGAUAGCUAGAACUGGAGGAUAUGAAGAACUGCUGAGGAAAGAGUUUGAAGCUGCGAAGAGAAAGCUAGAGUAUCAGGUAGAUGAUUCAUUCCAGAACGAGAUGGACGAGCUUUUGGAAUCGGAAGAGUUUCAAAGGCUACCCGAGGAAGUACAGCAGGAAUAUAAGGACAAAGCAGAGGAAAAAAUAAGAGAAGCAGAGGUUUGGAAAGAGAAAGAAUUUGCUAAACUUGAGAAUGCGCUCAAAGAUAAACAAAGUCAAGAAAUGACUAUGAAGGAACUUUCAAACAGGUUGAAGGUUGAAUUCGAGCUUGUUUUUCCUGAAUGA